CGGAGCGUGCCAUCUCUCUGUCUUUACCGAGAUCAAAUGGAGCCAGUCAAUCAGGGGAUACCAUUAUUGCCUCCGCCAUUCAAUUUCCACUAUCAAUAAUUUACUGUACUUGCUGCACGCGCAGGAGGAGGAGGAGGAGGUGGCCAAACAGAUUUUGGUCGUGGGGUACGGGAUGCGCCCCGCGGGCGGCCGGGCAGAGCCGAGCCGGGCGUUCCCCCCGACACCCCCGGGCUCCGCGGUCGGCCCCGUCUCCGCCGGCGGGCGCUGAUGCGACGGGCGGUCCCGCUGCCGGUCCCGGUCUCGGUCCCGGUCCCGGGCUGGGCAGAGCCGCCUCGGGACCGCUGGGACCGAGCUCCCGCUGGGCGCCUGCAGAAAGUCACCGGUGUAACGUUACCUGGGGCGCUCAUUAAUAAGCAAUGCCUGUUAUUAUCUUGAUUGCAUUCUUAAUAGGCGAACUACGGAGAGGUCAGCGCGGGAGCGAUAUUUAAAUGGAUUGGGCUUGCUUAAUACCCGGCGGAGUAAACCAAUAUCCCGCCGCGGGCGGGCCGACCCCCCCCGCGCCCGCCCCGCUCCCCGCUCGGGAAGCGCCGGGGGAGCGGAGCGGAGCGGGGCCGGGCGGGCGGGGCGGGGGCGGCGGCGGGGCGGGAGGCGGUGCGGAGACUCGGAGCGGGGCAGCGCGGUGCCUACGGCCGCCGCAGCCGCCGGCCGGGGGCGAAGCCGCUCGGCGAGGAGGAGGCGGCGGGGCUGGGCCGGGAGGCUCCGGCGGAGUGUGGGAUCCGGCCGCGCUGCCCUCCCGCCCCUCAUAAAGCUUUGAUGAGACACUUGAGACGCCGCCUGUGUUGUCGAGGCGGCGGGAGGCGGUCGGUGGGACUGAGCGCCCGGGAGAGGAUGUGACUUCCCGGAGGGGACCCGGACAGGCUUUGUGUGGACGACAAGUUCCACCAAGUGAGAAGAGUGAUGACCAUCCUUUUCUUUACUAUGGUUAUCUCAUACUUCACUUGCAUGAAAGCUGCCCCAAUGAAAGAAGCCAGUCUAAGAGGACAAGGCAGCUUGGCUUACCCGGGGCUCCGGACCCACGGGACUCUGGAGAGCAUCAAUGGGCCCAGUGCUGGUUCCAGGGGCCUGACGUCGCUGGCAGACACUUUUGAACACGUCAUAGAGGAGCUUCUAGACGAGGAGCAGGACAUCCAGCCCAGCGAGGGAAACAAGGAUGCAGACUUGUACACAUCCCGAGUCAUGCUGAGCAGCCAAGUGCCUUUGGAACCCCCGCUGCUGUUCCUGCUGGAGGAGUACAAAAACUACCUGGACGCCGCCAACAUGUCCAUGCGGGUGCGGCGGCACUCGGACCCGGCGCGCCGCGGCGAGCUGAGCGUGUGCGACAGCACCAGCGAGUGGGUGACGGCCGCCGAGAAAAAGACUGCGGUGGACAUGUCCGGGGCCACCGUCACCGUGCUGGAGAAAGUCCCCGUGCCCAAGGGCCAGCUGAAGCAAUACUUCUACGAGACCAAAUGCAACCCCAAGGGGUACACAAAGGAGGGCUGCAGGGGCAUAGACAAGAGGCACUGGAACUCGCAGUGCCGAACUACGCAGUCUUACGUGAGAGCUCUCACCAUGGAUAACAAAAAGAGAGUUGGCUGGCGCUUCAUAAGGAUAGACACUUCCUGUGUAUGUACAUUGACCAUUAAAAGGGGAAGAUAGUGCAUUCGUGUUGUAUAGAUUAUAUUGAGACAAAAUUAUCUAUUUGUAUAUAUACAUAACAGGGUAAAUUAUUCGGUAAAAAAUAAUUUUAUGGACUGCAUGUAUGACUGAAGUUUAUACAGUACAGUGGUUACACAAUCUAUUUAUUGAACAUAUCCAUGACCUGAAGGGGAACAAUAGUCAUUUGCGCACAAGUUUAAACAAACAAACAAAAAAAAAAAAAAAAAGAAAAUCAAGCUAACAAAAAAGUCUGCAUUACAUUCCUCCAUAACAUUGUGGUUUGUCGCCGUUGCCAAGAAUUGAAAAUAGAAAAAAUUUUUAAAAAAAAUAAUAAAAUUGCAUGCUGCUUCAAUUGUGAAUUAAUGAUAAACUGUCCUCUUUCAGAAAAAUAAAUUGAACCAAAACAUUCUGUUUACAUUUUAGACAGUAAGUAUCUUUAGUCUGUUAGUAUAUAUGUUUACUGCUUCUAACUUCUGAUAGCGUUGAAAUUAAAACAAUGUCAAGGUGCUGUUGUCAUAGUUUUACUGUUUCUCUUUUACUUUUGAACUCCCAUCAGAUUGAAAAACAAAAAAAUCGUUACCUUAUUCUGGAUUAGAAAAAAAUUUGGUUUUUGUAUGUUGUGAAGGUGUUUGCAAUAGCAGUCCGACUACUGACAAAAAAUAAUAAAAAGAGGCAACUGAAAAAGAAUGGUGAUGUUCCACUUCACAUUGUUGAACUUCAGGCUUUAAGACAACGCCUAUUUAACUGUAUGGCAACAUGCUUUUUUGGUUGUUGGGGGGGUGGUUUGUUGUUGUUGGGCUUUUUUUUUUUGUCUUUCUUUUUCAAUUUUCAGUCUUUUGAGACAUGCAUUUGCUUAUACCAUGUUUGCUUGCGUUUGAGAAUUUUUCCCCCCCUUUUCUCCCUCUGGAGGGACAUUGGUUGUGAUCGUCAAGUAUUUCACUUACCAUAGAACUGGAGCUUGUCAUAUAGAGAAUAUUCUAUAGUGUUCAGAGCAAUUAUUUUCAUAUAAUAAAAGACUGUGCUUGGAUCAAA